AUGAACAAUUUGAGAGAAAUAUUUGGUAGCCAGGAUGAAAUGAAUAACAUUUGGGGAUCGGGUUAUCUGAAACUUGGCAAUGGAAAAGAACUCCACACAAUUGGGACUCAGUUUCCCAAUCCAGAAUCUGAAGACGGAAGUGAAGAAAGCGAAGAGGAAUGGGAAAAGAAGAACCUGCGGUAUGGCUGGGGAAAAUUUAAACCCGAUUGCCUUCAAGUCUUCAAUUCAAUCCGGUGGUACGUUUUCUUCACGUGUGUGUUCAGCUUAUUUCAAGGCUACCUCGUAAAUGGAGUAAUCAACGCCAUUAUCUCCACGCUAGAGAAAAGAUUCGAACUUCCUAGCUCCAAGGCUGGACUCAUUGUUAGCUCUAACGACUUUAUAGCAUUUUUCUUGGUAUUGUUUAUCAGUUUUUAUGGCGGGGAGAGAAAUAAACCUCGUCUUAUUGGAAUUGGUAUAAUUACACUAGGAAUAGGAUCAUUCAUAUUUUCAUUACCACAUUUCUUGGCGGGAACCUAUAGAAUUUCUGAAGAUUUUAAUGCUUUUGAGAAUGUAUGUCAUAUUAAUGGCACUAGUUCUUCAUGUACAACGAGAGCAGCCUCCAGUGUCAGUAAAUACCUUUAUGUGUUCAUGCUAGCUAACGCUCUUCACGGAGCUGGAUCCACCCCUAUGUUUACUCUGGGAACAACUUAUAUUGACUCGAAUACUAAAGCAAAGAAUACCUCAUUUUAUUUAGGAUUGAUUUAUGCAGCGGCCUCCGUAGGGGUUGCAGCUGGCUAUAUGCUUGGUGCACAAACACUUUCUAUUUACACAGACUUUGACAAAGUGGACCCCGAAAAGUUGAAAUUGACCCCAGCUGAUCCACGCUGGGUGGGGGCAUGGUGGAUAAAUUUUCUUAUUGUAGGAAGUGUCAUGUUUCUGAUCACUAUUCCAGUUCUUGGAUUUCCCAAAAGACUGCCAGGAAGUAAAAAACUCAUGGAGCAGAGAGAGGAGGAAGCUUAUGUCUCUGCUAAGACGGAACAGGAGGACCAGAAAGAGAGACCCGAGUGGAGGGACUUUCCUCGUAUGAUAGCAGCUCUGAUAAUGAAUCCCACGUUUCUUUUCCUUGCCCUUGCAACAUGCACUGAGGGUAUGAUCGUGAGUGGUAUUGCUGCUUUUGGUGCCAAGUUCUUCCAGGAAAAAUUCAAUCUACCCGCUGCUUUCGCUGGGCUGUUAAUGGGUAUUGUUACGGUUCCUGGGGCAGGAGGAGGAAUGUUUCUUGGCGGACUUCUAGUAAAGAAGCUGAAACUGAAAGUUUUGGGUAUCAUCAGAAUGGAUCUCAUCGUGGCUAUCAUCGCCCUUGUCAUCGGUUGUUUGUUCUUUAUUCAAUGCCCCAAGAUGGAAAUGGCUGGUGUCACUUCUAAUUACAUCACAAAAGGAGACUUUGGAGGUAGUUCCAGUAACCUGACAAAUUCUUGUAACUCCGAGUGCCAAUGUACCACAAUGUCAUAUGAGCCUGUGUGUGGUAUGGAUAGCCUAGUUUACUUUUCCCCGUGUCACGCUGGCUGUAGAAACGACUACAAAUGGAUGGAUAGUCCUAUGGGCAAGUUUAAGGCUUACAUGAAUUGUUCCUGCGUCCAAGCGAGUUUUGCAUAUCAGUUUUUAAUGAACAACAAGUCCAUGGCAAUGGAGACCACGACAAAUGUUCCUGUUUCUACAUCAACUAUGAUGUCCAAUCAGACCAAUGUUACAGCCAUGCCAAACGCCUUUCAGGGGAUCUGUCCGGGGGACUGUAAGCUGGUGUGGGUUGUGGUCCCUCUGUUAUUUAUAGGAAUGUUAAUGACCUUUACUACUGUCUCGCCCACACAGACCGCAACACUCAGAUGUGUGUCUGUAAAACAGAGAACACUUGCAAUAGGAGUUCAGUGGCUUGUACUUCGACUUCUAGGAACAACACCUGGUCCGUUGAUUCUGGGAACCAUCAUAGACAGCGCAUGUCAAGUGUGGCAAAAUGUCUGCGGAGACACCGGAAGUUGUUGGAAUUACGAAAAGACAGACAUGGGAGUGAAAAUGUUUAUCUGGUGGUGUUUGACGAAGUCACUUAGUGUAGUGUUUUAUUUUUGUGCUCAGUACUUUUACAAACCACCGGACAACUCUCAAGAGGAUGAAGACGAUCAAAAACUUCCAAUAAACCCUGUUGAUUUUGUGGAUGCUAAAGAAAGCGUCAUAUAGAUCUCCACAAAAUGUAAACAGAUCUCCUAUUGGACUGCUUUCAUUUUGUGUAGAUCGAAUUACAACAGGGCAGUUUUAAAUUUAAUGCGUAUGAAAAACUAAAUAAAAUGUAUUCAGUA